AUGGAGCGAGUAGAGAUCCGCAAAAAGUAUCGAUACUUGCGAGAAACAGUUAUAAACAUGGGUGAUUCGCCUGAUCAGAACGAUCCACCGAAAGAUCCAAAAGAAUUGGAAAAGUUAGAGGAAGCCAAGUUAAAAGCAAAGUUUCCAAAUGCUAUGCUAGGUAGAGGGCCAGGAGGACAUUCAGCUUUUCUUCAAAAAAGACUUGCUAAAGGGCAAAAGUUCUUUGAUUCUGGUGAUUACCAAAUGGCAAAGCAGAGACCAAGUAAUCUGGCAGCGCCAUUUAAAGCCCCUGCAGUGCCAGCUAAGUGCCCUACUGGUGAUGCCAUUCCUACACCAGAUACCGUCCCUUUGAGGAAAACGUCCAUCAUCCAACCCAAAUACCAACCGCCCAGCCAGACCUCC